AGUAAGUGUUCCCCCCAGCCGCUAGAGUCAUAUAGAAAGUGUUUCCUUCCCGCCAGGCAAGUGCCUGUAGGAACCGGACCCCGUCCCCUUCACGGCCUAAACUUUCCCCUCCCUACUCCUUUCCUUGUGGCGAUCCCCUCGGUUGCUCUUGUUCUGGCAGUGAGCCCCUGCCAAGAUCAUGAAGCUCGUGAGGAAGGACAUUGAGAAAGACAAUGCGGGCCAGGUGACCCUGGUUCCCGAGGAACCUGAGGACAUGUGGCACACCUACAAUCUAGUGCAGGUGGGCGACAGCUUGCGCGCCUCCACCAUCCGCAAGGUACAAACGGAGUCCUCCACGGGCAGCGUAGGGAGCAACCGGGUCCGCACUACCCUCACUCUCUGCGUGGAGGCCAUCGACUUCGACUCUCAAGCCUGCCAGCUGCGGGUCAAGGGGACUAACAUCCAGGAGAAUGAGUAUGUCAAGAUGGGGGCUUACCACACCAUCGAGCUGGAGCCCAAUCGCCAGUUCACCCUGGCCAAGAAACAGUGGGACAGUGUGGUUCUGGAGCGCAUCGAGCAAGCCUGUGACCCAGCCUGGAGCGCUGAUGUAGCGGCUGUGGUGAUGCAGGAAGGCCUCGCUCAUAUCUGCUUAGUCACUCCCAGCAUGACCCUCACUCGGGCCAAGGUGGAAGUGAACAUCCCUAGGAAACGGAAAGGCAACUGCUCCCAGCACGACCGGGCCUUGGAGCGGUUCUAUGAACAGGUGGUCCAGGCCAUCCAGCGCCACAUACACUUUGAUGUUGUAAAGUGCGUCCUGGUGGCCAGCCCAGGAUUUGUGAGGGAGCAGUUCUGCGACUACAUGUUUCAACAAGCAGUGAAGACGGACAACAAAGUGCUCCUGGAAAACCGGUCCAAAUUCCUUCAGGUACAUGCCUCCUCUGGACACAAGUACUCCCUGAAAGAGGCCCUCUGUGACCCUACAGUAGCUAGCCGCCUUUCAGACACUAAAGCCGCUGGGGAAGUAAAAGCCUUGGAUGACUUCUAUAAAAUGUUACAACAUGAACCUGACCGAGCUUUUUAUGGACUCAAGCAGGUGGAGAAGGCCAAUGAGGCCAUGGCAGUUGACACAUUGCUCAUCAGCGAUGAGCUCUUCAGGCACCAGGAUGUAGCCACACGGAGCCGGUACGUGCGGCUGGUGGACAGUGUGAAGGAGAACGCAGGCUCUGUUAGGAUCUUCUCCAGUCUUCAUGUGUCUGGGGAACAGCUCAGCCAGUUGACUGGGAUAGCUGCCAUUCUUCGCUUCCCUGUCCCUGAACUCUCUGACCAAGAGGAUGAUUCUAGUUCCGAAGAAGAUUAAUGAUUGGAACUAAUAAUCGAGACAACCUGAGUCUCACUCCUUCACUGUUAGAUUUUCUCAGCAUCCUUGUGACAGAAAGCUGCGAAAGUGGCACUUUGUGAUUCUUACAGGGGUUUCUCAUGUAUUUGGUCACACUAGGUGAUUUGUGGUUGGCAGGACAUGUAUUCAAACUGAACAAUAAAAGGAAAUAAUCUCCAUGUA